AUGCCUUCUCAACCCCCACUUCCACCCCUCCUUGCGCCCUAUCUAUCAAACCAGCCAGAGUCCUCAUUGACGCUGGUCUCCUCAAUUCUCGGCGCGACAUCUAAUUGGCUGGUCCUGAGAUUUCUACAUGCAGCCCUGAGCAACUCGUCAAACAAUGCUUCAAUCGGUCUCGAGGAUUCCCCGGAUAGCAAGAAGAAAAAAGUCGUUCUUGUGAGCCUUCUGCGGGGUUGGGAAUUCUGGAAGGCAGAGGCCAAGCGACUGGGCCUUGACCUUAAUCGCUUGGCGGGCAAGCAACAAUUCGCAUAUGUGGAUGGCCUCUCAGAGCUAUUCACCACACCAAAGCCCACGGGUAAUACUCUACCUACUCUAUCCGCCGGGAGUCCAGCACCGGCACGCACCACACUCCCGCUUCGAUCUCAGCCUGGCGCAGUGCCCGGUAGAUCGCCAGCGCCAGCGAGUUCCCCAAUAGGGCAGGGAGGUGUCAGCGGACCGAGCAAUCCGGAGCCUGGAAUUGCCAAGAAGUUGAACUUUGCCGGACAAGGACUCGCGGCCUUGGACGCACUGGAGCGGGAUAUCUCGACGGUCAUUGCAAAGCUCAAGACAGCAGAAGAUGACGAGAUUCUUUUGAUUAUUGAUCAGCCCGAUUUCCUACUUGCCUCUACAGGCCCGAGCUACGCGAUAGGUGCUACGGAGAUUAUGGACUGGGUGACAGGUUUACAACAGGCCGUGCAUGCUACAGUACUGACAUUGGCUGCGGAUUCGCCACUUCUACACAAUGCACCAGCUGCAAGCAAUCAGAUGGCUACCCCAGUCGAGUCGGAACAUGCCGCAUUUGCGAUUGGGUUGGCGCAUCGGGCUCAGUCGGUCAUGCAGCUCCGCACUCUGGAGACGGGAGCCGCAAGGGACGUGAGUGGGGUGUUGCGGAUCAGCCGCGGUGGAGGCUGGAGUACUGGGGCAGAGGAGAACCUGGAUGAAAAAGAACUGCUGUUCUAUAUCCAGCGAGAUGGCGGAGUCCGAGUGUUCGGGCGUGGGGAGUCUUAA